AUGGAAGAAGCCGAUGAAAAGCCGCAGUGGGAAAGUCCUGCCGCCGGGCCGCGGAAGCUGCCGAUGAUCGGGAACUUGCUCCACUUUUGUGGCUCAUUGCCGGCCCACCACGUGCUUAGAGAUUUAGCGAAAAGGCACGGGUCGUCGUCGGGGCUAAUGCACCUUCAAAUUGGAGAAAUUUCAACUGUGAUCGUGUCCUCGGCCGAGAUGGCUAAAGAGUUCCUAAGAACUCACGACCUGGUUUUUGCGACCAGGCCAGAACUUACGGCCGCCAAGAUACUGAUGUACAAUAGUUCGGACGUUGUGUUCUCCCCGUACGGAGAUCAUUGGAGACAAAUGAGCAAAAUAUGUGUGAUGGAGCUCCUUAACCCAAAACUUUUCCGCUCCUUCAGCUCCAUCAGGCAGGAUGAGAUGCAGCUGUAA